UUUCUGGCCAUCACACCCGACCAUCCCGAGACUUUGCGGAUCCCAGGGGUCGGUUACACCGUGCUUGGCGCCCCCAGUUGCCCCUUUAGGCGCGAUCCUCCCGCACAGGCGCCCUACCCCUGACGGGUUACCCCUGCUUUGUUGACACUGUGAAACUGACAACGUCCCGGAAAGCUGGAUCCCUUCCCAGUCCAGGUUCGCAACGGUCUGUCAACGGCUUUUUGCCUGGCUGCCCGGGCACUGCCCAUCAUGCCUCGUCGAUCAGACAGUAAAAGCCAUUCACGUCCUUGAGCCCUCCCCCAGGUUCGGAGCCUUUCUCUCUCUUCUCUUCCUUCAACCAGGCCAAAAUGUCUUUAACCUGACAGCCUUUUACACCUUGGCGACGGCCUCUAUUUUUACUAAUUACCUACUUUCUAUUCUCUUUGCUUCGUAUAAGUCCGUGAAGAUGCUGGUCAUCCGCGUUCUUUGGCUGCAGGCUGCCCUGGCGGCGGCCCAGCUUGUGGAUCUGGAUGGGCUUUUGGGGGGUGGAGGAGACGGACCGGAGACAUCAGCCGUCGAGGAGCAGGGUGCGGUUGAGACAGGCGCGCCGGGUGGUGUGGUAGAUGGAGUGGUGGACAACGCGGCCGGGGCAGCAAACGGACUUCUGGAUCCCAUCCUCGACCCUAUCGUCGGACCGACCGGUUUGCUCGGCAACGAUGAUGCCGCAGUGGUUACCACCGCCCCUGAGGAUGAGGAUACACCGGCUGCCACGGACGAGCCAGCUCCCGACCCGGAGCCGACUCAAGUUGAGCCCACGCAAGGGGAGCCUGAGGAGACCACGGCGCCAGAGCCAACCUCGGAGCCCGCCCCCGAACCGGAGGUUACGACGCAGGAGCCCGCGCAAGAAACCGAGCAGGCCCCUCCCGCCCCGACUUCGGAUCAAUCACCACCGGCAGAAGAGCAGCAGCCACCAGCGGAUGAACAACAACCACCAGCGGACGAGCAGCAACCACCGGAAGAUGAGCAGCAGCAACAGCCUGCCCCUGUUCUAGUCCCGGGGGGUUCAACAGAGACUUCUGCGGCCGCAGCCCCAGCAGCUUCAUCCGCAAACCCAGGCGUGAUUCCGAUCCCCAACCCAGAGGCCUCUUCUCCCGCGGGUGAAUCCGAAGUCGCGGCACCCGGGCCGGCACCAACCGCCAACAACCCUUCCCGACCUGCCCAGUCCUCCACCCCAGACCGACAGCAAAACCCGCAGUCUGACUCGCCCGAGCCCAUCUCUACCCUAGUAACAGCCCCCGGCACAACCUUCAUGUCCGUCUUCAUCCCGCCGUCCCCAACCGGCCGCCUAGCCGUCAUCGACGGCGCGGAUAACAACAACAACAAUAACGGCGCGCCCAACACCGACCCGUCCUCGGGCAACGACAACAACCAAAACACCGACACGAACACGGGCGCGGACCCCAACAUCCCCCUCACCGACACCGAAACCGACACCACCACCACCAGCGACCCCACCGCCCCCAACAACCCCAACGGCAUCCAAUCCCCCGCCUCCUCGGAAGACGAGGGCAUGCCCAUGGCCACCAAGAUCGGCAUCGGCGUCGGCGCCGGCGCCGGCACCAUCCUCCUGGGCGUGAUCGUGGCCUUUGCGCUCUGGAAGCGGCGCAUGGGCCGCGGCCCGCCGUCGUCGGCCGAGGCGGACACGGAACGCGGCGGCGGUUCCGGUUCUGGUAGCGGUGGUGGUGGUGGGAGGGCGAGUCCGACGGCGCUGGAGAAGGCGAAGCUGGAUUUCGAGAGCGAGCAUGACGUGGCGGUGGACUUUGGGGGGUUCUUUCGGGAGCGGGGGAAGGGGGGUGCCGGGGAGGUAGGGGGGGUGGUGGAGAGGGCGCCGACGCUGCCGCCGGUGGUGCAACGCCCGCAGCAGGCCGUGGUCGCGGAGUUGGAUGGAGGGGAGGUGCCGGCUUAUAGGGGGGUUGUGGGGGUUGGGCGGCUAUGGAGGCACGACUCGGCCUUUAUGUGCAAUCCCUAAUGUCGCCUUAUUGCUCUUGCCGCCCUGGCGCAGCCGCCGGAAAGCCAGACAAAUCAUUACCACCAUGAAGGUCCAGGGGUCAAGCUCCCCCGCCGCGCGAGGCCGGCCCCAUGCAACUCUAGCGUGAAGUAUUUGUGAAAGUAGAUCAGGUGGUGUCGGCCUACUGGUUGUGCUCUCUUAUUUAGCCGGGGAGGCGGUCUUGCUCAGCCGAGAACCAACUGCAUAUGACCAAAGAGGAUAGCCAUUUUGGCGUCCCCAGCUGACCCCUCGUUCUAGUCAUGACGUGGGACAUGGGAAUAAACUUCUAAGAGACGGGGAACAAUAUUAAGGACUUGAACACAACCAGGAAGUCCACGGGUUGAUGGGAUAAAGUCGAUCGUGU